AUGGCCGAUGCUGGUUUUUUUCGAGGAACAAGUUCAGAUCAAGAUGGCAGAUUUUCAGACAAAGAGAAAAAAUUGCUCAAGCAAAUGAAAUUCGAAGACACAUUAGAACGGAAGAUCAAUAUGGAUAAAAUCAACUUGGACGUCAUAAAACCGUGGAUUACGAUGCGCAUCAAUGAAAUCCUUGGAAUAGAAGACGACGUCGUGAUCGAAUAUAUUAUGAGCCAAUUGGAGGAGAAAAAUAUAAAUCCUAAAAUUAUGCAGAUAAAUAUUACUGGAUUCUUAAAUGCAAGGCGUGCUCGCGAGUUUAUGGGUGAGUUGUGGAUGUUGCUGAUUGAAGCCGACGAAUCUGAAGAUGGAAUUCCACGCAGUCUUAUUGAGAAAAAAAUCAAUGAAAUGCGAAAAGAACCACGUCCAGCGGGCAAUGGAGAAGCUAAAAUUGAACACACACCUCAGUCGGAUGACUGGGCAAAGAGGUAA